AUGAGAAGGAAUGAGGAUACACACGACCAACUCACCAUCAGCGACGCUGUUCCGCCCGCUCUGCAUCCCAGCCACCAUAACGACAGCCACACAUCUUCGUUGGAGAGCGAGGAGAGCGACAGUGACAGCGGAAGCAGCUACUAUGAGACGGACAGUGACGAAGACGACAUCUUUUUCCCCACCUGCCGUAUUCCAGACCUUGAUAUGAUCAAUAAUAAGCGUCCAAGGGCUCCCGAUCCGAAAUCCCGCAAACCCACGCAAUUCUGGGUGGCCAAAAUGGCAGCUAAAGAUUUUUUCCGGCCGUCCAUGAAAGCUGAGGUUUCUCGAUCGCUGUACUUCAUGUACGCUCCAGACUGGUUUGAUCCGUUUGACAAGAGCAGUGCCUCUCGCCUGAAUCCAUGGCUGUUUGGACUUGAAAAGGAGUUCCAGGCCUUUGACGAGGGGAUCACUCUAGACCGAAACUACCGAGUCUACACGCAUAAGAAUCACAAGGAGCUGACAACCAACGUGAUCGCUGUCAAGGUGGAGUUCAGAAACGUGGCCUCGCUGGGAUACAGAUUCGAUCUGCUGUUCAACGUCGAUCCUGCCUGGGGCAAAGAAAGCAGAAACUCCAGUCCCAUCCGAGCCCACUUUGUCACCGGAGAUAACUGCUGCAUCAAAUGCAAGAGAAAGGGCCAUAUCGUCGCCCAGUGCCCGAUAGCUACGUUUAUCCGAUGUACAACUCUCCCGCAGAGCGUCACCUGGGGCACCUACUCGCAUAACGCCAUGAAGAAACACAAGUAUACCAUGGUGGUAGUGUAG